GUGUUGGACUAAUCGAAGCUGUGGUUGAACUUUCAACUGUGGACAGAGAGAAUGGCUACUUUAGUUCCGACAUCCUUAAUCAUGUCCCUCUCUUACAAUCCCUUUCCCUCCACUUGCUCAGCCAUGAAAUUCAGAUACCCAGUUGGUGUUUCUUCAUGGAUUCUUAGGUCUAGUAGGCGUAAACAUGGUCAUGGGUUUGUGGGUUCUCUUCAGGCUGCGAUUUCAGAAAGAGCAGGUGGUCCUUUCGAUCCUGAGCUGCGGUCAGUGCUCGAACUAGCUACAGACUCAGAGUUGUAUGAGCUCGAAAGAAUUCUUUUCGGUCCGAGCUACUUCAGUCCGCUUUUAAAAUCAUUUACGAAAAGGGCCGAAGAUGACUAUAUUGUGAUUGGAGAAGACUAUGAGGAACGUCAAUAUUUUACAGAGCUUCUGGAGUCGCGAUUUCUAUUCCUUGCAGCGGAUGCACGAUCUACAUUAAGGGGUUGGAGACCUACUUACAGGGAUGUGUUGCUCGAUGUGAGGAGAAAACUAAGAGUCCCUUGUUCAAACAAACUGCCUACAGAAGACCUGGAAGUGGAGAUCUUUCUUCAUCUGUUGCAGGAUUACUCUAGUCACGAAUCAGGCACCAUUCCAUGCUCCUUGGAAAGCUCUAAGAUUUCCAGAAGUCAUGGUAGCCUAGAACUUGGACUCAGUCAAUGGAAGGUUCAAGCCCUUGCUGCUUUAAAAGUUGGGGCUGCAGAGCUCCAGUCAACGUUUUUGAAGGGUGGUGGUGUGCUUACACUGGCAAGGAUCUUUCAGUUGUUAGCAAAGGGCUUAUCGGGGAAGAUGCUAUUAGAAGCUGCCAACUAUCAAAUAAAGCAUGAACUUGUUGCAAAGGGUGGACGGAUGGCAGCUCUUAACCUUGAGUCAAGAGCAGCCCUGCUUGCAGCAAGACAGGGUUUUGCAGGAGCUGCUUCCAGAUAUCUGGGGCUUAGAAGCAUGAUGAUGCUACUUGGACCAAUGCUGUGGGGAACAUUUCUGGCAGACGUUGUUAUCCAAAUGCUUGGAACUGAUUAUGCUAGAAUUCUUCGUGCAAUUUAUGCAUUUGCACAGAUCCGCAUCACUCGCACUUAUAAGGUGUAAAACUGAUGACGACCUAUCAGUUUAGUUUCCUCGAAAGUUUGCACUAUUUUGUUCUUUAAGCGGAUGGUUGGCAACUCCUACUGGUUCUUAUUCUGCUCUGCAUUGAUAACAAAGGCUUUGCAAGUUAACAAAGUGAAUAAUAUCGGUUGAUUAAUGUCUACACUUGCACUCAAAUGGCUAGCUGAAACCUCCAAAAUAUCUGUACUAUAUUUGAGGAUAUUUAUAUGGAUGUAAAUAUGAACAUCAGAUAAAGCUGGUCAAAGGAAAUUUUUCAGAGAAUGUCCUUAGCUCAGCUAUUCAGACUACUUGAAUGUAUUUGCCUACACGUUAAUGUAGACUCGCACAAGUUAAUUUUUGAGUGAA